CCCAUUAUUCACACAAAGAAAAAUAAGGAAACACGAGUUUGUGUGUCUUUUCGCCCGGCAUUCAUUUGGACUGCUCAAGAACAUUAUCAAUUUCGCUGAAAACGUGUUAGUGUGGAAAAUUGUGAAAUCUUUUAGAUUUUCCAAUAUGACGGUUUCGCGGGAAAAGGCAUCAAUUUCGGCGGUGCCCCCCAGCGAUAGUGAACAAAUCGAAUGGUCGGCCGAGGAGGAAAUACAAUUGUUUUUCGCAUUGGAGGGUUUGAAGCCUGUUGGCAUUAACAAACAUUUCUACAUGGUUUGUAUUGCUGAUCGCCUAUCAAAGAAUUUGCAACGUGAUGUUCCAGCAGAAGCAAUAUGGGCACAUUUGCGCACUAUGUACAAUUUAGAUGUUUUGGAUGAGUUGGAGCCGCUACCGUUUCCUAACGAGGAAAAAGAAUUCUCAUUACCGGAAAUAGAGUUUUCGGCUUUGCUGUCAAAAAAACGUGCAGAGUGUGAAGAGAAACAACGGCUAAGCAGCGUAGAUUCCACUGGAGGUCCGCCUUCGAUUAUUGCCGUGGCUACUGAUAACACCACAAAGAGCGGCAGUGGAGAAAAAACAUCUUCACAUAAAGCUAGUUCUAGCAGUCACCAUUCCAAAGAGGUGGACAAAAAGAUAACAGCAAAGCUGACUGAUAUUCCAAAACGUACGCCCAAGCGUACUCGUGGUUCGAUGUCAUUAGAAUCUAAUAGCAGUCCAUCCACAACACCGCCGCCAAUGCAAAGCAGUAAAAGGCGGCGUAUUUAAAUGCCAAAUACAAUAACAUACAUAAAAGUAAUAUUAAGAAUCUUUGAACAGAAGUGUAUUGUUCACAAUGCCCAUUAGAAUGCAACUGGUCUAAACCAGGGAGUUAUCAUUUACAUUUAUAUACACUUAUGCUUAUACGUACAUACAUAUAUGUACAUACAUAUGCAUGUUUAAAGAUUAUUUAAGUUUUCUUUAUAAAUAGUUCCUAAGUUCGUCAAUCAAUAAAAAAUGUUGAUUUAAUUUUCAAAAUUUGCUAACUUUAAUAUUGUCAAAAGCUUACCCAAUUAAUAUGUAAUAUGAAAGUAAAAUACAUUAAGAUAAUAAACCACAUGUUGCAAUUUAUUUGCCAAACGCUACAAACA